GACUUCCGCCGGAAGUGGGGGCACCCUCGAUUGGGAGGUUCAGCUGGCUUCUCCCACGGUGUGGUCAGCGCAGCGUGUACUCCGAGGGCGAUGGCCUACGCCCCCGCGCGCUCCCCGGCCGACCAGGACAGGUUCAUCUGCAUCUAUCCUGCCUACUUAAAUAACAAGAAGACCGUCGCGGAAGGGAGGCGAAUCCCCGUAAGUAAGGCUGUUGAAAAUCCUACAGCUACAGAGAUUCAAGAUGUAUGCUCAGCAGUUGGACUUAAUGCAUUUCUUGAGAAGAAUAAAAUGUACUCUAGAGAAUGGAAUCGUGAUGUUCAGUACAGGGGCAGAGUCCGGGUCCAGCUCAAGCAAGAAGAUGGCAGCCUCUGUCUUGUACAGUUCCCAUCACGUAAGUCAGUAAUGUUGUAUGCAGCAGAAAUGAUACCUAAAUUAAAAACGAGGACACAAAAAACAGGAGGUGGUGACCAAACUCUGCAGCAGGGAGAGGGAAGUAAGAAAGGAAAAGGAAAGAAGAAGAAGUGAACUGGAGCUGAGUUUCAAGUAUGUGUUACUACUAUAAGAAUUAUGAACGGAGGCAUCCGGAACAAGCAGCUGUUUAUUUCCAUCAUUUUUCUGAACUGUGAACAUUUUGUGCCUCUGAGCUUCAGCAUCAGAGUUGACGAUAAAAUUUACAUCUUAAGUUUGCAUCUAACUCUUAUGCAGAAUAAAGGAAAAUGUUAAUUGUCUUUCAGUAGAGUCUUUGUGGAAGAAACAUUUUUAAAUGAACAAGGACUCUACCAUAAGUUACUUAAAUUCUGUAUCUGUCCUCUAUGUAAACACAUUUAGGGCCAUUGAGUUUGAUAAGAUUUUAAUUACACAUUUUGUUCAUCUAAGUUAAUGAAAUAAAAUCUGAAACUGA